AUGAAUCGGUCAGUGGCCGAAUGUCCUUUGCUUAUGCCAUUGCCAAAACCUUCUCACCUAACCACUGAUCCGGGAUUAGCAUUUGAAGUUAUCGCAGCUGAAGCGCAAGAUGAGAAGGUGAAUGUUACCGAACAUGAUGAUCAUCAAGUGACAAAUGACCAAGCAAGUACUCAUGAUAAGGAAACGACAAGUGAGCAAGCAAGUACCACUCAUCAACAUGAUCAUGCUGAAGCUGAUGAAGCGGUCAAAGAGCAUGGAAAAAGUGAGCCGAAAUUACUGAAAGUACGAGCAACUGUUGAAGAUGAACAGGGACGACAAAAUGGAACGACUGCCAAAGAUGAGGCUGAGGAUCAUCAUCAUCCUAAGGAACUUAAAUUGCACAAGGAAGAAAAACCGGAGACUUCUUCCACUACUGCUGCUGAGACUAAUACGACAGAGACGCUAUGA